UUUUCUCCCAGGGCAGGAGAGAGGAGAGGAGGGGCUGAGCUGUGCUGCACCGUUCAGCUGCUCACCUCUCACUGAAUCCCGUCUCCACCUUUCAUCCCUCAACUUGUCCCACGUAGGGAUGGAUGAGUUCCACCGCCGUCGGACCUUGUAAAGUAUCAGAACAAUGCGUCUGAACUGGGGGACCGACAGUCACUGGAGGGUCUUUGGGCGUCGGUGAUGUUUGCAAUUGGUGACUGCAGAAACUGCCAACGUGUCGGAGAGUCGACAGACCACAGCUUACUGGUGCGCUCUUGGAGUGGGAGAAUGGACAUAUGAAUGAGAACGAUUUCCCUCGGCGGCUACAAUAACUGUUUUGGUUCUUUUAGUUCACUAACUCGCAGUAGUAAAUCGUCACAAAGUCUCACAAGUGAAAACAGGAUUGAUGAGAUUCUUUUUCAUUUUUUCUUUUUUUGUUUCUGCUUGAGGAGGAAUUCAUGCGCCGAUAGCUUACGAGGCCAAUAUGCCAGAAUGGGUCCUCUACAGUAUUUAUUUCUCUGUGGACUUCUGCAUACCCAGACCUAUGGGUCUCGUCUUCGCCAGGAAGACUUCCCUCCCCGCAUUGUGGAACACCCUUCUGACCUCAUUGUGUCCAAGGGGGAGCCAGCCACUCUCAACUGUAAGGCAGAGGGUCGUCCACCGCCUACGGUGGAAUGGUACAAAGACGGGGAGCGUGUUGAGACAAACAGGGAAAAUCCCCGUUCCCACCGCAUGCUGCUUCCCAGUGGGUCCCUCUUCUUCCUGCGCAUCGUUCACGGACGACGGAGCAAGCCAGACGAUGGCAUCUAUGUUUGCGUGGCCCGAAACUAUCUGGGGGAGGCCAAAAGCCGGAACGCAUCUCUAGAAGUAGCACUGUUGCGUGAUGACUUCAGGCAGAAUCCACAGGACGUGGUUGUGGCAGUUGGAGAGACUGCCAGUUUUGAGUGUCAGCCACCACGUGGGCAUCCCGAACCAACCACCUUCUGGAGGAAAGAUAAAACUCGUCUUGACCUCAAGGAUGACAGGAUCACAGUCCGUGGAGGAAAGCUGACCAUCUCAAAUACCAAGAAGAGUGAUUCAGGGAUUUAUGUGUGCGUGGCAGCCAACAUGGUUGGGGAGAGAGAUAGUGAAAAAGCUCAGCUCUCAGUUUUUGAAAGACCAGUGUUUGUGCAACGGCCAGUGAACCAGGUGGUCUUAGUUGACGAGAGCGUAGAGUUCAGGUGUCAAGUCCACGGUGACCCGCCGCCUGCGCUGCGAUGGAAAAAAGAGGAUGUGGAUAUUCCUCGUGGCAGGUAUGACAUUAGAUAUGAAAAAGACGACUUCCUUUUGAGGAUAAAGAAAGCAUCAGUGAGUGAUCAGGGAACCUUCACCUGCCUCGCUGAGAACCGUGUGGGUAAAGCAGAGGCCUCCGCCUAUCUGACUAUCAGAGCUCGCCCCGUUGAGGCACCUCAGUUUGUGGUGCGUCCCCGUGACCAAAUAGUCGCUCAAGGACGAACAGCAACCUUUCCCUGUGAGACCAGAGGAAAACCUCAACCCACUGUCUUCUGGCAAAGAGAAGGGAGCCAGGAUCUGCUUUUCCCCAGUCAGCAAGCACAAGGAGACAGCCGUGUGUCUGUGUCUGUGAAUGGAGAGUUGACCAUCUCUCCUGUACAGCGCUCAGAUGCGGGGUACUACAUCUGCCAAGCCCUCACUGUGGCCGGAAGCAUCAUGGCCAAGGCCCAGCUUGAAGUAGCAGACGCGCUGAAGGAUCGCCCACCACCAAUCAUCCGGCAGGGCCCAUCCAACCAAACUCAGGCUUUGGGAGGCAUGUCCCUACUCAGGUGUCAGGCGUCUGGGGACCCAGAGCCUACAAUCACUUGGCGGAAGAAUGGGGCAAAUCUGCUUGGAAAGGACACAAGGUUUUCCCUUCUGGAACAUGGCAGCCUUCAGAUCCAGAGUACCAGGCUUUCUGACUCAGGGCUGUAUACCUGCGUUGCUACCAGCUCCAGUGGAGAAACAUCGUGGAGUGCCUACUUGGAUGUCAGAGACGCUACUGACCUCGUUGACUUCAUAUCUCACAAUUCGACCGCCCUCCCCGGGCCUCCCUCCAAGCCCGAGGUUACUAAUGUUACCAAGAGCAGUAUCUCGUUGUCAUGGAAACCAGGACCAGAGGGGGGCUCCCCAGUGUCCUCCUAUGUCAUUGAGGCUUUUGGUCAGUCAGUGAGUAACAGCUGGCAGACUGUGGCAGAUCAUGUGAAAACCACAGAGUUCGCAGUCAAAGAUCUACGACCCAAUACCGUCUACUUGUUCAUCAUCAGGGCAGUCAAUGCUCAAGGGCUCGGGGAUCCGAGCCCCAUGUCUGAGCCCGUUCGCACUCAAGACAUUAGUCCUACAGCACAGGGAGUGGACCACCGUCGUGUGCAGAAAGAGUUAGGGGAUGUUGUAGUCAACAUGCACAAUCCUAUUGUCCUCAGCUCCACUUCAGUGCAGGUCACCUGGACUGUGGAGAAUCCAUCCAAGUUUAUCCAAGGCUACCGUGUUUUGUACCGGCAAACUUCAGGGCUGCCCUCCCCAGGGCCAUGGCAGAUACAGGACUUGAAGGUUGCCUCAGAGAGGGACAUAACUCUCUCUGGUCUGAAGAAAGGCAUUGUAUACGAGAUUAAAGUGCGGCCGUAUUUCAAUGAAUUUCAGGGCGCCGACAGUGAAUCCAUGACAGCGCGCACCAUGGAAGAAGCACCAAGUGCGCCUCCACAGCAAGUGACAGUGCUGACAGUGGGAAACCACAACAGCACAUCCAUCAGUGUAUCCUGGGACCCUCCCCCUUCUGACCAACAGAAUGGCAUCAUACAAGAGUACAAGAUCUGGUGUUUGGCCAACGAAACUCGCUUUCAUGUCAAUAAGUCUGUGGACGCGACCAUCCGUUCAGUGGUAGUUGGGGGUCUGCAGACCGGAGUGCAGUACCGUGUAGAGGUGGCUGCAGGCACCAACGCAGGGGUGGGGGUCAAGAGCAUACCCCAGCUCAUCACUUUGGGUGCAGAACUGAGGGACGUAAUGACAGGAUCGGACAGCAACAACAGCAUCUCAGAUGUGGUGAAGCAGCCGGCCUUCAUCGCUGCUUUGGGAGGGGCUUGCUGGAUUGUCCUCAUGGGCUUCAGUGCCUGGCUGUACUGGAGGAGAAAAAAGAGGAAAGGACUUAGCAACUAUGCAGUUCAGUCCUUCACCUUCACUCGAGCAGUGACAUUCCAAAGAGACAGAGGCCUGAUCCGCAAUGGAAGCCGUCCGGGGUUGUUAAAAGCAGGUGAUCCAGGCCUCCCCUGGUUAGCUGACUCCUGGCCUUCCACAAGUCUCCCAGCUAACGGGGGCUUAGGGAGUCCAAAAGGCGGCAGCAACUUUGGCCGAGGAGAUGUUUUACCGUCUGCAGCGGUGGAGAAAACUGGUACCAUGCUGUCUGAUGGUGCCAUCUACAGCAGUAUCGACUUCAUGGGGAAGGCAGGCUACAGCAGCCCAGCACGAGGCACUCAGCCCACCCCCUAUGCCACCACUCAGAUACUUCAGUCCAAUAGUUUCCACGAGCUGGCGGUGGAUAGGCCAGAUCCCCGCUGGAAGGCUUCUCUCCAAGCCCAGCAGGAAAUAGCAAACCUGGGCUACUCGCUAACUGACAGACGCCCUGGCAGUGGUGCAAAGGCUGGGAAGAAAAAGAAGAUAAAAAGUGGAACAAAAACCUCUAAAUCAAAUGGGACAUGUUGGGCUAAUAUGCCUCUGCCACCACCACCCAUGAACCCCCUGCCUGGGACCGAGGUUGACCUUGACCGUUACCCCCAGGACAAUCAUGGAGGAGGAUAUGACACCGGCAGCUGGGCACCACCAAUGUCUGUCCAGACCUACCGCCAUCAGAAUUUAGAAAAUGAGGUAGAGGAAGAGAGAGGUCCCACUCCUCCCCUGAGAGGAAGGUCCUCCUCCCCAGCGGCAGCUACUUUUAGUCAGCCCUCAUCAUCCUCUCUCAGCUCUGCCCACCAUGAAGAAAUGCAGUCCAUCUUGCAGGCUCACUUGGAUGAGCUGACCAGAGCCUACCAGUAUGAAGUGGCCAAGCAGGCAUGGCAUAUGAAAACCAGUCCAAACGUGUCCAACUCCCCAAUCGACUUCAUGUCUAGUACACUGGGAUCUGAUUUGGGAACCACUCUCCUUUCUGAAGAAGAGGAGGAAGAGGAGGAGGAGGAUGAAAGAUAUGCUGUGGUGUCAAAGAAUUUGUGUGGCUUUGAAUACACUCCCGGUCACAGCAUGGACAACCUUGAGGGCUCAGGAAAGGCCUCUGAGCAGUGUCUCUCAGACAGCUUUGGCACAGCAGACCAUGGUACACAAGGCUCGCAUAGCCUUGGACACAAGAGGGCGCCACUCACUGCUAACAAGCCUCAAACAGACAAGGUUGGAACUCUUCCCAGACGAAGAGACACUAACACAGACGCCCACACACCAGCCAUGAAGUCCCUGCACGGCAUGGGUUCCCACAUGCACAGUUCGUGGGCAGCUGCUCCAUCAGACCCCUCUGAGGAGUGCAUGGUGAGUGUGUCCACGCUGGAGCGGCAGCAUAUGGCAUCCUGGAGUGGCACGACAUCAUCCAGCAGGGCCACCCUGAGUAGGGGUUCAAACAAGAGAGCUGGCAUAGACCCCUCCCACAACGGGCAUCCUUCCACAAACGGCACAGAGAAAAGGGAACACUAGUUUAUGUGAAGCAUCAUUCCCCGCAGUUGCUGCCUGUCCCAGGACACCUUGUUUAUAAGCGCUAUGAGAUUUUUCUCUGCGAGUGACACUGUAUGAUGUUUAGAAGAUGGAGAGAAGACAGGAUAAAGACAAAGAAGCAAAAUUGUGCAGGAUAAAAUGCAGAGCUGUAAAUGUCAUGUACAGACACACACCCCACUCUCACAGUGUUAUUUUCAUCCCCCUCUUCAAAAGAGUAAACAGUGCGUUAUAUGUCCGCUUCUAUUUUCUGUCACAUGGUGUACAACAAUUCACACAGUGGAGAUGAGGAAGAAAACACGCAACUAACAAAAUGACUAAUGAUUCAAAUGAAAAGGACUUGCAUAAUUUGUAAAUAGAUUUUUUAAUGUUUUUCUCUUUCUUUUGCUUUGCUAUGCAAGCCAAACCCAAUGUUGUCUUUUUUUGUGAUUUAUUACCGUGAGUCCUUUUUUUCAUUAAUGCUCAAACUGUUAGCUUGUUUUGAUGAAGCUACUGUAUCAUUGUAUUUUUGCACAGAGCAUUUUGGUGAAAAUAAGCACAAACCCAUUGUCAGCUAAGCUGAGGAAGAGAAUCAUAAUGGCAAAGAGGGGAAUCGAGAACAUAAACAAGAAGACAUGUAUACUUGGCUGUGCUGUAUUUUUUUUUUUUUUUUUUUUUUUUGAGAAAUGUUCAUAUAUUGAGGCAAAAAACACAGGCAAAAACUAAUAUGCCAAAAUAACUAACUGUGUUUCAUACUUCUUUUGCUGGGAAACCUAUUAUGCAUUAUACUAAAAAUGUUUCUCAACAAAUGGUUAAUAGAAGAUUUUGUAUGAUAACCAAGUAACACAUCAGCUGUGAUAUCCAAAGCAAACACAAAUGGAAAUAUACUUCUUUGCCAUUCCCAGCAUUAAUCUCUUAAUACAUAUUUAUAUAUAUAUCUGUUCCUUUUACAGUUACAUCCAGUGACAUGAUGAUAGUGCAAUAUUUAAAACUACAAUAUGACAGUUUGUGAAAUGAGAAGAUGACAGGAACUUGGAGCAGGUCACCUAUAAUGCAUUGGAUAGAUUAAUUAAAAAUGUCCAAUGUCACUUGUAGAGAAAUAGGAUCUUUUAAUGACAUGUGUUUAUGAUGUUAAACAUCAAAGAAAUGAUACUGUUCAAAUUUGUUGUUUUGAACGACAGAGCUGAAUGGUUAUGGAUUUCCACUAUCAUCGACAUGUAUAGACUUGAAUGACUGCCAAAUUGAAAGAUGUUUUGUAAAGUUUUAAAAAUACAGCCAAUUAUCAUUUUCUGCCAGUGAGAUUGGGAAUGUGAUGUCUUUACAUUUGUUUGGAUGGUUAUGUUCUGACCGUUGUUCUGGUAAUGACUCUCCCUAUGAAGAAUCUUUACAUGCCAGAUUGGUUUGCCCUCAGGAAUACACAGCCACAUACAGUAGGGCCAUUUUUUUUUUCAAUCCUAUGAUGCAAAAUAAAAUGUGUAUGUGAAAAUUAA